AUGAUAGCUUUGUGCGCUAGAUUAUCAGCCCAUUCGAUCAGCACAGUACGCACGCAGAUUGAGAAUUUGCGAUUUUACGUGAAACCGCCGAUAGAUGAAAUUCGGCAAGUUCAUCGGCCACAGCACGAUCGAUUUGUUUAUGCUCUGCAGCACUGUAUGUCCAGAAUUGAAGCAGUCGUAAAGGGAGAGGUUGAAGAGCUGGUAAAUAAUGACGUGAUCACCCUUCAACAGCAUGAGACGACAUUUCCAACAAUGCAGAACUCAUCUCGUUAUGAGUCGUUUAUUGGAGUUUUGAGAAGUCGCUUGAGUGAGAUGCCAGGUGGUCUACUGAAGCAACAGCUCCUCAAAAUGCUCGAACAUCUCCGCUUUUAUUAUCGAGCACUGUUUCUGAGUGAUUUGUUGCCAAAUUGGUUUGCAUACUGCUAUUUGUGUGGAAGAAUGAUUGACGACGAAGCAACAGCAAUUCAGAGUCAACUUUGCACACUUUUCAGCCAGUAUGUGAAACCGGAGGCGGAUUGCCUUUCACCACGUGACACU